GCCUCCUAAGCCACUGGGAUUACAAGCUUGCACCACCCCAUCUGGGUCUCUUUUUUUGAGACAAGGUAUCACCAUGUUUCCCAAGCUUACCUCAAGGGAUGCUCCUGGUUGACCUCCCAAGUAGUUGGAGUUAUAGUCGCACACCACCAAACCAAACUUAUGACUUGUCUUAAUGGUGGUGGCAGGGUGGGGACAAUUGAAACUCAGCAGCUGGGUCUAGGAGAUGAAGAACAGGGCAGGAAGGUGGGAAAGCAGCCUGAUUGUUAUUGCUCUUUGGGUGGCAGAGGGUGUAGGGCUUCUGGUUUGUGCAGCCUCAAAUCAGUUUUCCAAACCCUCAUUCUUAGGAAGAGUAAGCAAGUCUUGCUCCUCAUGAGGUAGGACACUUGUGGAGACUGCAACCCUCUCUCUCCUCUCUCCAUGCCCUGACUUCUGGCUCACGCUGAAUGCAGCCAGCCAGGAUCUGGGGUUUGUAAGGGAUGCGGGUGGGUCUCUGCAUGGGCUUGUGCAGCCUCACUUUCCCUCCCCUUGGGAUUGGGGAGGCAGCUGUGGGGGGAGGAGAGGACACUGGAAACAGGAAACUGGAUGUGACUCUGGAUCCAGCUCUGUGUCCUUGGGCAGGGCACAUAGCCUCUCUGAGAUGGACUGAACAGGGAUAAUCUCCACUGGGAGGUCUGACAUAGUGCGAGACCCCUGUGUGUCCUGGAUUGGACCUGGUCUUGGCUGACCAGAUCCAGCAUCCUCAACUGUCUCCUUCUGAACGUCCAUUCUCCAGGCUCAGGUGGAUCCAAAUCCACAGAGGCUUUGGGUAACUGUUUCAAGACUAGAUACCCCUGUAGAAAAGGGGCUUCUGGCACUCAUAUCAAUGUUUAACCGGAUGUUCAGGUCAAUAUUUACCAGAAGAGAAAGCUAUCUGAACAGGGGUUGGCUAAGAGCAAAGGUCCUGGUGGGAGGGGAGGGCUAGGCUGGGCUGGUGGAGCCCGCCAGAGCGUGGGGAGCACCGAGUUGGGCCAGAGGAACAUCGUGUGCAGCAGCAAGGAACCUGUCGAGGAACAUGACACUGCUCCGAGGGCUCCUGGUGCUCAGCUUGUCUUGCCUGCAAGGCCCCUGCUCCGUGUUCUCUCCUGUGAGCGCCAUGGAGCCCUUGGACCAGCAAUCAAUUAUCGGGCAGGCCCAGGAGAAGCUGUCCCCGCUUGCCCUCCUCAAAUUGGGCAACCAGGAGCCUGGUGGCCCAACUGCCCUGAAGAGGUCCCCAGGAGACUGCAAAGGUGCCCCAACUCCAGAGGAGACUCGCAGGCUGGCUCAGGCCAUAAUGUCUUUCACCGCUGACUUGUUCUCCCUGGUGGCCCAAAGUUCCACCAGCCCCAACCUCAUCCUGUCGCCCUUGAGUGUGGCCCUGGCUCUGUCUCACCUGGCACUAGGUACUGUGGCAGCACCUAUCCAGACCAGCAGAACUGAGAGGCCAGUAGGAACUCACUACUCCAGAGGUUAUCAGUGGAUGGUGGCUCAUUUCCCUUUUAAGAACAACAUGAGCUUUGUGGUGAUGGUGCCUACCCACUUUGAGUGGAACGUGUCCCGGAUACUGGCCAACCUGAGCUGGGACACUCUGCACCAGCCCUUGCUGCGGGAGAGGCCCACCAAGGUGCGGCUGCCUAAACUGCAUCUGAAACACCACCUGGACUUGGUGACCACACUCAGCCAGCUGGGCCUGCAGGAGCUGUUCCAGUCCCCAGACCUGCGUGGGAUCUCAGACGAGAGGCUGGUGGUAUCCAGUGUGCAGCAUCAGUCCACGCUGGAGCUCAGUGAGGCUGGUGUGGAGGCAGCUGCAGCCACCAGCACGGCCAUGUCCCGCAUGUCCCUCUCCUCCUUCAGCGUGAACCGCCCCUUCCUCUUCUUCAUCCUGGAGGACACCACAGGCCUGCCCCUCUUUGUGGGCAGUGUGAGGAACCCCAACCCUGGCGCACAGCCUGAGCUCCAGGAGCAGCAGGAUUCCCCUGACAGCAGGGACUCCUUCCAGGACCAGAAAGCUUUCCUCCACAGAGAUAAGCCCUUUGGCCCUGACUUGAAACUCAUGCCACCCUCCGAGGAGGAUUACUCUGAGUUUAACAGCCCCAAGUGAGGGCCCUGGUCACCAGCAUCCUGAGUCCCCACCCGGACCAGCCUCUCAACUUGUGUGACUCUUUCCAACCAGCUUUGUGGGAUGGGGGGUGGGGGGCGGACUGGGUGGGCCUUCUGGGAAAGGGGAGGAGCCAUUCUCUCCCAGCUCUUCCUGGGGAGUCUGGGGAAUGGGCUGGGGCCGGGAAGCCGGCAGGCAUUAGGGAAUGUUGGGCUGGAUCCCUCUUCAUUUCUUCCAAAGAAGCUCAGAAGUUGUCCUUUUGAGGGCUAGGGUAGUAGGACAGUGGUGGAUCUGGUUUUGUCAGGAAGCAAACUAGGUUAGUCCCUAAAUCAGCCAGGACACUGGAGGGAGGACUGUCUUUGGCCUUAUCCCUGAACUCUCUGGCUGGGGAGAAGAGAGGCCCUGGUGGUAGCUCAGAAGGCAGAGCAUUGCCCUGGGUUCCACCUCUGUCUCUCAUAGGACCUUGUAUCCUUCUUGUAUCCAUAGAUCAAGGUUGACAUUACCUCUGAUGUAACCUGCUAAAGGCCUACCAGCCUCCAGCCUACCCCAGAUGUCCUGCACACUCCCCGUCUCCUGUCCACACACCCUCAUCCUUAGAGAUGCCAACACUGCCAGGAUUCCCCUUCCUUCCUCUCUCCUGUCUUCCUCCUCAGCCGGGAGCUCAGGAGCUGAGGCAGGGAAGGGUUUCAUUAGCUCUCUCAGGCAAUUUUGUAAAGUUUUUGUAGUGAUUUUUAUGCCACCUGAAUAAAGAAUGAAUGGGC